AUGGCAUCCCGCGGCAACGCCAACCAGUACGUGGUGUAUGCAGGCGCGUCCGAGAGCGAGGACGACUUAGCAACGGCCAACGCGAAGCAGCACAAACGCAACAACAACACUUCAUCGAAAGCAAAGAACGCCAGCAACAUGCCCGCGCGUCGCACUAGCACUGCGGUGACGAAGCGCAAAGCGCCCGCGAAGACGCAGAAUCGGCAGGCAUUGAAGGAUCGCACGAACGUUCAAGGUGGCAGCGAUAGCGAGGAGGCCGACAAUUUUGAUGAGGACGACAUGGCGAAACCAAAGGCCAAGCGCGCGAAGACGACUGCGAGCAAGACACAGACAUCACGCGCUAAUAGUGCGCCGGCGAAAGCGAAGACUACAAAACGCGCGCCAGCUGCCGAAGCACUGGGUGUCAUUCCAGAGACGCAAGCAGAUCCGAACGAUGUCUCCAUGUCAAUCGAGAUGGAGCAGGACGGCAUGGAUAUAACCACUGCGCCCACACCACCACGCGCACCGCCAUUCUUCCAGCGAGCGCGUUCCACCUCCGUCCAACCUCUUCAACCUCGCGCCAGCGCGCGAUCAGUCUCCGCACAACCAGGCUACCCACCACCACGCGAGCGCAGCGGCAGUGUUAGUGACACCACGCGCGAGCGAAGGGGCGGCGAUCCUGAGAUCCGGCGGAAGCUGAAUGAUGUUACGAAGAAGUACGAGAACCUGAAUAUGAAGUACCAGAAUCUGCAGGAAGUGGGCCAGAAUGAAGCGGACACCAACUUCGAGAAGCUGAAGCGCGCAAGCGACGAGAAGGCGAAGAGCGCGAACGAGCUUAUCGCGAGUCUUAAGAAGGAGAUUGCGGAGCUGCGGAAGGCGUCGUCUACUGAGAAGGAGGAUAAAGGGCUGCAGAAGCAGGUGAACACGCUCAACUCGUCGAAUGAAGCUCUCAGCAGUGAAGUCUCGAACCUGAAGGGAUCGCUGCAGACUGCGCAGAACGAGGUCAAGUCGAUGGAAGCCAAGCUGGUCGCAGCAAGACAGCAGCUGUCGAACAGCGCGGCAGAGAAGGAGAAGCCGGCCAAUGCGGCCACUACCCGCAACGAUCUGAGUCGCAGCGUGGGACCGAAUGCAACAGAUGCGCAGAAAGAGGCGAAGAUGAAGGAGAACCUCUACUCCGACCUCACCGGCCUCAUCAUCAGGGGUGUGAAGAGGAAGGAAGGCGAGGACGAGUACGACUGCAUCCAGACGGGCAGGAACGGCACCCUCCACUUCCACCUCUCCAUCGCCAACGACGCCAGCAUCGCCAACCCCAAAACGCCCUCUGGUCUCUCGUACGAAGAAGCCGAGUUCGCGUACGAGCCGCUGCUCGACCAGAACCGCGACCGCGACCUGAUGGACCUGCUGCCCGAUUAUCUGACGGAGGAGAUUUGCUUCCCGCGGAAUCAUGCGGUGAAGUUUUAUACGCGGGUGGUGGAUAGUAUGACGAAGAAGAUUGUUGUUGAGGAGGAUUGA